AUGACGAUGCCUCCGGUACCGGAGGCUGAUCUGCUGACUGGGUCAACGGUGCCAACACCCGGGGGCGACGCCGCAGCUAAGCGACAUGAUGUGGAAUCGGGGGCAAGCAUUCACAGUGCCGACGCCGCGCGCGCGAGCUGCGACGUCGAGCCGCUCGCUCAUCCUUCUUUUCCGCCUCCGCCGCCCCCGCCCGCGCCUCAUCCGAACGCGCUCGAGUCGCUUCCUGCCAGUGUCGAUGCGUCCCGGCAGCUGAGGGAGUGGGGCAAGGGGACCGUUCCGUGGACAGAGCCGCUUGCGGAGGCCAUUCUGCUGAUGUGCAACAAACUUGAUUGCGAGAUGCGUCAGAUGUGGGUCGCGCGCGCCGCGCUGCUCUACCUCGUGUUCGAAGAGGGGAAGGACUGUGCCGACGCCCUGCAGCCACAGCCCGCUGCGUUGGGCGCCCCUGCGAGCAGCCUGACGCGCACGCCAAGGAGUACUCUGAACGACAAGGCGCAGCUGGCGCUCGCGCUGAUGCGGACGCUGGAGGUGCAUCGUCGUCAGAGUCGCCUGAUGCGUGAAGUGCUGCGCCCGGUGACCAUGCGGUUUGCGGUGCACUUGCGUGAGAAAGCCAAUGCUGCUGUGUCUUCCGACGCGCUCGGCAGCCGCAGUGAAGCUGCAGCGGGGGCGCUCUCGGAGCUGAAGAGCCGUGAUACGCGUGCUGCAGGCGUGAGUGGCGACGGCAAGGUAACCACGCAUGUAUCAUCCGUGCCGCGCGCCGUUGCCGCGCCCUUGCCCCGGCGUGAGGGUUCCUUUGUGAAUCUCGAGCGCUACCUUGCAGAUGGGCUGCUGCCGCUGCUCUACGGCGAGUUCGUCCACUACUGCCGCGCCGUUGAGCAGUGGCAUGACUGUAACUACCGUGCGGUGGUCUGUACCACCGUGGAGGCGACGACGGCGGCCGCUGCACCACAGCAGCAGCACGCUCCCCGACCAAGUGCACAGGACGGCCGCACGUGCUUGCCUUACAUGUCGCGCGCUGACAUCGAAACGUUUUCACUGCUCGCCGCGGUGCUGCACCGGGCGCUCGGCCUGCACAGCGUGGCUCGCUGCGGCGACGAGGUUCAUUUUGACUUGAACGGGCACAGCGCAGAUGCGUACACGUCUGUGGCGCCGAGGUCUCACGGGGUCGCCAGCGACCCGAGCGGCGGUGUGGGAGCUUCUGCCGAUCAUCUCCAAUGCGGACGAGAGCGGUUGCGUGGGUCCAUGGCAGAUGCUGCACCUGCUGGCGCACCGCGGCCUCCUCGGAGGCCGCGGUGCCAGCCGGCGGUGUCACUGCGGGCAUUGCGGCUCACGAUUGAGGCCAUCACCGCGCGACUCGACGCGGAUGGCGGGCCUCACACCGGAGCGCAGGAGUUGGUCUCCCGGAAUUUGAUGCAGCAGGCGGGCGCGGGCUACGAUGUGCGAGCCUAUUCCCCGCCGCCGUUUGUGCCGCCGCUGCACGCCCGGGGAGCGCGCGGCGGCGGCGGCGGCCCAUCGUCGUCGUCAGCGUCAUCGCCCACAUCGAGGUUUGGCGGGGCAGCAGCGUCCUCUUCCGCGCGAUCACCGCGCACGCCCUCGGCAACGGCGCCAUCGCUGGAGGCCAUGCGAGAGGGACGCUGCAGUGGUGGCAAGGGCCACGACUGCAUGACGACAGGCAGUGGAUCACCGCGCUCGACGGCGACGACGCCGCCGCUGUCGGACAGAUUUGGGAACUUUAACAUCGGUAGCUUCUUGCCGAUUCUCAGCCUAUGCGCCCACGACCGGUCUUUCACCAUUUUCGUGACGACUGCAGCAGACGGGACCGGUGUCCAUGCUGCGACGACAUCGGCCACUGGCAGCAGCAGCCCCGCAAGUCCGACGCCAGCGGCGGAGCCCAGUGCACCGUCCGAGGAGGACGUGUCGGCGCUCGCCGCCGCCAUCUCGAGGCUUCUCCUCCUUGGUGUAUACUGGGCACCGCUCUGCCGGACGUACCAGCUGCCCGCGGUGCUGACCUUCUUCGCUCGGGCGACGACAGCGGAGCUGACGCACGCCGCUGCAGAGAAGAGCACGUCAGCAGCAGCAGCAGCGUCCAGCCCGCACCCCGCUUCGUCACACCCGACCGCAGCCUCGCGGAGCACAGGGCCGGCGCGAGAGGCGGAAGCGGCGCCAGUGGACACGAAGGUACUUCAGCUAGUCCGUGACGCGCUUCUGCCCCCAAGUGACGAUCUUGCCGCGCCGUCGUCGCCGUUCGUGCAGCAGCUGAGCCGCCUAGUCUACUCGAGCGGGCGCUACAUUGAGUGGUUGAACUUUGGCACAUGUGCGACCAUCGCCGCCACUCUCGACCGAGUGCUGUCCCAGUGGCCGGUGCAUCGUGCCGACGUCGCAACGGCGGCCCCGGCGCGCUUCCUCAGCGGUAACGCUGAUGUGGGAUGUGGUUGCGCAAGCGACGACCGCGGGGGCGGCGGUGGCGAUGUCCGUGUGGCUACGGCCGGCACGACGCCAGUGGCUGAUGCGGCUGGCACUGUUGCGGUACCACAUGCCACGGGAUCGUGCGUCGUCUUCCGUGCGCCGGUCGCGGCUGGGAUGGCUACCUUGCAUGUUUUCGCCGCCAUCGCAGAUGAGUUCUGGUCUCGGGAGCGCGGACGCAUCAUGUGGCAAGCGAUUUCCAGACAAGCGAGACAACGCCUGGCUGUCAUGUCGAGCACGGCGCUCAUGCGGGCGCACUCGACGAGAUUCUUAGGGUUUAGCACGCACACCUGCACUUACACACGACUUCGAGUGGCAGUACCGAAGGUCAACGGCGAUGGCACGACAACGACGACGGCGGCGGCGGCGAACGGGGUUCGAGAAAUUCUGAAGGCGCCCUUCUACAUACUGCGGUUAAUGGGAGUGCGCAGCGCGGCUGCCGAGCGUAUGGGCACGCCUGAUGAGGUGCUGAGGGUGUACCGCACGAGCGAGCGUGCGGAGUCCUACAUGGCGGUGCUGAACGCCCUCGGCUGCACUACGGCAGCGCGUCCGCUUAUCGGCGAGUAUCUGAGGAGCGACUUUAUGUGGCGCACCAUCCCGAACGACACCUUUGUGCCGCUGGUCACGGCUUUGGUGGAGCUGGAGUUGACAAGUAUGACGGUGCCGGAGCUCUUGUUGGUAAGUGGCAGCCUGGAGCACAGCACUGGCGCGAAGCAUGGCUGGACCGCCAGCUGGAGCCUGCCGGGACGGUUGGCUGGAUGCUGCUCGUCGCACACGAUGACGAGCUUGAACGCACGCGUCGAGCCACACGAGCUGCGACUGCUGACCGCAGACGAUGAGGAUGCUUACACCUUCUGCAUGGAAACCGAUGCUCGCGAGCUGCAAGAGAUGGCUGGCACGGACACUCGCCACGGCGGUGGCAAGCUCCCUCUUCUCCAGUUCACACUGCGCCGGAUCAGCAGCGAUGGCCGUGUGCUGGAUCCGCCGCUGUCAGCGACAACGACAUCCAGUGCCGCGCACGGGCACACGGGUGUGCGAGGCAGUGCCACGCCAUCGUCCACCGUCCGUCAGGUUUCCCGCCAAGGCGCUGGUGGGGCUCGAACACGGACACGCUUCGUCGGCGCACCGACGUGCUACAACCUCGAAUCGGUGGCGAAGUUGCUGUGGGAGCCUGCCUACUCAAAGUCGCCCAACGAGAGCGCACGAAUGCCGCUGACAGCCUUUCCGCCGCUACUUCGAUCUAUAACGCUGCUGGCGGAAGCGGAACGCCGCGUUGGCGACGCCAUGCUGCAUGACGCCGCCGACCUCCGCCGCGAUGGCGCCUCGCCCGGCAGCAGCAAGUGUCACGCAGGCGCAGCGCCCCUGCGUAUUUGCAGCGUCGAGCUCAUCUUGCGCAUGGCCUGGCGGUUACUCUUCAGCUCUGCCUCUGAGGCCUCCGCAGUGGCAGCGCCAACGGAGGCGGUGUCGCUGGAGGCCCUCGUGACGUUGUACCUGAGCCUCACCAGUGUCGCGAGUCAAUGGACCGUUUCAUCGAACACGCGCGCUCUCGACGCGCGUGCUGCGUCGCGUGAGCUGGCCGAGACGUCUCCCGCCGCGGGCGAGCGCGCGCGCAAGAUCGGGGGCGCCGCCAAGGCGUUGGCGCCGCCGUCCAUCUUACUGGCGGUGGAUUGUUGUUUGGCGCACUGCGAAGUCGCCCUGCGACCGCGGCUGAUGGCGAUCGCGCUUCACACGGCCGGCAGCAGCGCGGGUGACGCUGCACACAUAAAGCCGGAACACGUAGCGACAGACCUACGGGUAUUGCUGCAGCUGGCGGUGCUGACGGAGAGACUCCUGCCAUGCCCGGCAAAUAUGGCUGCACCGGCGACGGCGACGGCGGUGGCGGGUAUGCCCGUUCACGAGCUGAUCCACCGGCAGUUGUUUCGUGAGCUGGGGGCGAGUCUGCGCGAGGCACCGCUACAGCGGAUCGCUGGAGAGGUGUCGCGGCUGCCGUGGUGGGUAACGCGGCGCGCGCAUGCCGAAGUGAGCGGGGACGGCACGUCGCCGCUGUCGCCCCCGACCUCAUGGGUCGAGACGCUUUUGCUACGGGAGAUUGGUGCCCAACGGCUGCCGGUGGCCGAGCGCGCCCCUACCGCCGCCGCCGCGCCAUCGGCGGCGUCGUGCUCGAGCACGAGUCACCACAGCUUCGAGCUCUUCGAGUGGGCAUUGCUGCCGUUCUACACGAAGCUGGAAGCACGCCAGCACGAUGCGAACGCCGCCGCCACGACGGCCGAUAAGGCUGCGGCUGCUCCAUCGCAGUCACAUUCGACAGCAGCGCCGAUGAUGGAUAGCUUCUUGUGCCUGGAAGAUGCGUACCGUGACUGUGCCGCUGGGCUUUCCACCGGCUCACCGUCCGGCGCCACCACGGAUGCCACUAGCGUCAACGGCGACGGCAGCACGACGGCGUUCCAGGCCAAUGACCGCUCCGCUGCGCCACACAUGGCGACGCUCGAGGCUGCUCUGCACGCCUUGCCAGCCCAAUGCGACUCGUUUCACAUCCUUCUGCACGUGGUCCGGCAGCUGUUCCUGUCGCACCCGGUUCUCCUCUCUACCGCACCUGACGCCGCGCUUUACUAUGAACUACGCACUGCCCGCACGGCGCCCGACCACGCAACGAGCAUCGCGUCGGCCACUUCAAGUGCCUCAGCGCCGGAGCACGUUCUGGGGGCGGCAGUGGGACGGCAGGCGUGGGCAACGCUGCCGACGCAGCGAGUGGAGCUGCCACACGACCUGCGCCAGCGCUACGUCGACGCCCUCUUCCGUUGCUUCAAGCGACUUGUGCCCCACCACAGCUGCACCGCAGAGGAGCUGGUGGAGCUGCUCCACCUUCUGUGGCUGGCGGACCCACACGCCUCCCGCGUGGCUUCCUCGGCUCCGUCGUCGUCGACGAAGGCAUCGACGUCGCAGUGGGCGAGCCUCUUCGCACGAUGCCGCGACUUCGUAAAGGGGUCGAUGGCUGAGCUGGAUGCUGCCGUCGAGAUGCACGACACAAAUCCCAGCUGGAAGGAUGGCAAAGACGUCGGCGCAUCACCGUGGCUACUCCGGAGUGUGCCGGAUGUGCUUCAAACGGUGUACCGCACUGUGCACUACGGCCUCACCAAGAGCAUCGUGCUCAAGCCUCGAGAGAUGCACUGGCUCUCCGUUAACGCCAUGGCUCUUCACCCACGAUCGAUGGUGCUCUUCCUGCACUGCCUCAACAUUGUAAAAGGGCUGGAGGAGCAGCGCCAGCAGUGUGCCUCCACGCCACAGCCACCGUCAGAGCCGCCGUUGCCGCCGCGGCAGCAGCGAGCACAGCACUCGCUGAGCAGAUGGCACCAGAGCACACUCGAGUUCUUCCAGCCCUUCGUCGUGUAUGCCGCGAUCACCGGAGAGGCGAUAUCGGGAGUGGCGACGAUGCGCUACAUGCCGCUGAUGCUGGGCUCUUUGAGCGAGAUGGACCCACAGCUGGUGCUCGUCCUCAUGCAAGCCACGUUUGCAGGGGCCAUGUGGUCCGGCGAUGCUGGAAAGAAUCCACAUGGCCGUGGCGGGGGCAGCAGCCGGCGUGAGCGAGCGAACGCGGUGAACACCGUCUUCUAUCGUAAGAUGCUUGCUGCCUCACAGACGGGCGUAGGCUCCGGGCGGAUAGGCCAACAUGGUCAUCUCCAGCCCGCCCGCGCGUUGAGUGAUGGAGGUGUGCAGAAUGCAGGACGACUUUCGGAGAGCAUUGCGGCAACGAUGGCGGCGUUGCUGAUGGUGGCAAGCCACGUGCAAGCGUCGUCGACGGUGUGGGCCUCGAGCAGAGGAGCAGGAGGGCACGAGGACGCAUAUUCGGCCAUGACCACACGUGCGGCGCCGCAGCAAGCGCCAUCGGCGCACAUAGGCAGGGCACAUCAUAGCGCGCUCAUUUUCCUUCGCAAUUCUCUUUAUGAGCUGCUCCUGAUGGCGCGCUCGCGCCGACCGCUGCAGUGCGCGUCCGCCGUCACGGUCGUCCAGGUAAUGCAGCUGGCGGUGGUGCAAGAGAGCCCGCGAAUGGUGAGGCUGCUGGAUUGGCUCUUCUUGAGCCUGCUGAUACCACCCGUGCAGAUCAUAGAGACGGCGAUCGUGCCCGCCGCCACCAAUGGACCGCCUCACCGCGGGAGCGGGCUCGCCGCAGCUCCUCUGGAGCACCUCUCCUCGCCUGCCACCACCACCACCGCUGCUACUCUCGCUCACGGCGACAGCGGCAGCGACGGCGAGAGCAGUGACAAGCACAGCCUCGUCAUCCGUGCGGACACUGUCGGGGCCACACGCUUCCCAGCCGCGCACGAGGCCGUGCUGCUGCUUCGCCUGCUGCCGGUGCAGUAUUGGCGCUCCCUGCUGCACCGUGAUGUCUGUUGGCCCAGGUACCGCGGGUACGCGCUGCAGAAGUUCAACAGGCGUUGGCAGUCGCUGGCCGUGGCGAGAAGCGGUGACUACACGGCUGAUACGAUGCGACAUCCCACACUCAACAAGUGGAAUCAACUUCGCGGCUCGCUGUCGUCACUCUUGCUUUCACUGGACGUCGAGUCGAUCGCGUGCCUCGUGGCGGAGGCGAUGGGGCCGAUGGUGCUAUUGGUGGUGACGACGGAGCUGCUGCGCGUGUUGGCGCGGCAGCGCGCCUGCUCGGGCGACAGCCCUACCACCGCACGCAAGGAGGCGGAGGGCACGCCACGUGCCGUAUGCGCUGCGAUGCGAACUGUGUCACGCACCGAUGGCUGCCAGCGCGCGCAAGCUGACGAGUGGCCAGCGGGGAACGCUGCGCAGAGUGACGCAGGCGACGACACCCCCUCGCCCGCAUCGUUGACGUCGUUUGAGGUGGUGCGUUGUUAUGCCUCUCCUAGGUCUGUGCUGACCGACGAGGCGGUCCAGCCAUGGCUGGAGGCGGCGUGCAAUGUAAUCGAUCAGCUGGCGAGUACGCGGCAUACCGACUUCGUGGCAAUACUUGAGCGGGAGGCAGAAUGGCAGAGGCGUGUGACGGAGGCCUCUUCAUAUCGCGGCGCGGCGGCGGAGGAGGUGCCCCUCGGCGUCUUCCGCCAGACUGCCGUUGAGGCAAUGGCGGCGGCGAGAGCGCCUACCAAGGGAGGUGCCCGUGAACCCGCUGCGCCCGUGCUUGACGUCGGUGAGGAUGGCGUGACUGAGGUCAGCGACGCCGUCGACCGUGCUGGGGCGCGCGAUAAGGCUGCGCUUGGCUCCGCCGCCGGUGCGCCGGCGGCAGGCGACGAUGUGAGCGCUCUUGGAGGCAGCGACGGAUGCGGUGCGCCGACGACGGACCUCUUCACUACCACGGCCACCGCGCCGGACGACGCCGUGGGCGAAUGGCCUGAUGACUCGGACACGACGGCAGAGCGGCCGCUCGUGCUUGACUGGAGGCCAAUCGCCGAGUUUGUGCGCGCAGUGCGUGAGGUGGAUCCAGGCAUCGUACAACGACAGGUGCGACUGGAGUGUUGGAUGCGACAGCCGGAGCUGGCGGUGGGCGCGCCAGCGGAGGCACGGGCGCUGCCAACGGCGCGCACUCGCCCCUUCUCGCCAGCAACGACACCAGCCGCUCCGUCAGCCUCACUCGCAGAGGCAGCCGUGGCGGGCGUUAUGGAUGAUGCUCGUGAUGCGUUGCACAACGCUGCUGGUGCCAUCCUGCAACAUGCACGCGCGUACUGGCAGGCGGCGGAUCGAGCACAUGGUGUGCGGCCGCUGCUGAUGAUGAACUUGUGCGACGCGCUGAACCUUUAUUCUCUCGAUGCGCAGCAGGUCUGCCAUGCCGGUGACAGCGCCGCUGGCGGGCAGCUGGUAAGCCCCACUUACGAGGGCGAUGCAGCCAAAGACCCGAGCGACACAGCCUCCUCCGCAGCCAGGGUCAGCACCCGUGACUCUGCCGAGGUCGUGGAACAGGCUCGCUGGCUAGAAUACGUCACUGGCGGCAGCGGCUUCGACCGCGGCAACGGUCCUGCUGCGUCCUGGAGCAGUCUCUCCACGACGAUGGUACUCGGGCUGGUACGCCCCUGCCCCGCCCUCUCGGUGCCGUCGAUUUGCGCGCCCAGGGCAGCGGGUGAGGCGACGACGGUGGGCGAGCACAAGCGUCGGCGGAUUGCCCUGCUCCGACGCGCCGGUGUGUUAGCCUCGGCGCAGGAGAUGGCAGAGCGGUGUCGCGCGUACGGGCUGCGCUGUGCGAUGCGGCAUGACGGCGCGCACACCUGGCAAGCCAGGUGUGCGACGGAUUUCUGGCGCCGGAAGUCUUGGCGGCUGCAGCGCGAAAUUUUCGAGUGUGUUGUCGGUGACGAGGUCGUCGCGGCGGCUGCCCGCGCACGCUUGCACGCCUCGGACAGUGGCGUUUCAGCGAAUCGCCAUGCAGAGGCGGCCAGGCAGGAGACCGCAGCAGCCGCGUCUGCGGCCGGGCGGCCCGUGACGGAUGGGUGCAUGUCUGACGUGGAGCGUCGUGCUCGCCACCGACUCCAGCUUCUCCGUUGCGAUGACCUCGCGCAGCUGCUGUUGCUCAUGACGGCCAAGACGUCGGCGGCGCCACCGUUGCCGAGUGCAGAGGCUGGCGCUAACAUGGAAACGGAUGCAUCGCUCUCGCUUCUAAGGCUUAAGAUGCGUGUCGUGAUUGAAACAAUGGCGGAGCUGCUGCCGAGCGCCUCCACGAACGAACUGAUGCAGGUGGUGCUCGCGCUUCUCAAGCUCUCGAUCUCUGCCGCAGCGACUGACGCCAGCAGCACCGACGCGACCGCGUCCCAGCUUCUUCACUACGUGUGUCUCGAGGCGCGGCGCGUGCUGGCGAAUGUGGCGGUGCUCGUCGCCAACGAUGUGGAACGCUUCACCUCUGGCGAGUUGCUUUGGCUCAUCACGCGGCUGCACACCCCAUGCAUUCGGGCGGCGGUACCGCCUCACGCACAGUCGGCUCAGCAGGCGGAAGGUGGCGCGGCGGCGCGGAGCGAGACGUUUCCGAGGCCUACGCAUGACAAGACGUCGGGAGACGAGCCUCUCGAUGUGUCGAUGUCUUUCGUGUCAGCAGCUGUCGCGCGCGCCAUCCGCGUUGUCAUCGAGGGCACCAGCGACCCCACGGGCAGUGAGCGAGGCGACAGCGCUGACCCUGCAGAUGAGAUCGGCGAUGGCACUGAUACCCCGACUAACAGGACAGCUGCUGUCGACGACGAGGUGCCAGUCAAUGCUCAGUCGGCGUCACCCGUGACAGUGGCGCUGUGGGCCAACGCCGUCGCUGCGGCAGAGCAGCUGCAAGGGAAGUCGCAGAUGCAAUACCUGCUGCAGCUGGUGGAGCGCUCGGCGGUGUAA